AUGUCUGCCGGUCUUUACGCCCUUCCGUACAAUGGUACGGAGGGGAGGGCCGACGCCGGCUACUCUUCUGGGGUUCAAGACCUCAACGUCUUCUACGAGUCCGGUGACCUGGCAUGGAUCAUGGUCUGCGCAGCUCUCGUGCUGCUCAUGAUCCCCGGUGUCGGCUUCUUCUACUCGGGCCUUGCUCGUCGCAAGUCCGCGCUGUCCUUGAUAUUAAUGUCGAUGAUAUGCGUCGGCGUAGUGGGCUUCCAAUGGUUCUUCUGGGGUUACACAUUGACCUUCUCUCACACCGGCUCCGUCUUCCUCGGUGACAUGUCCAACUUUGGCCUCAGGGAUGUCGUCGCUCAACCCUCUGUGGGCUCCAGCAAGAUUCCCGACAUUCUCUUCUGCUUGUACCAGGGCAUGUUCGCCGCUAUUACUCCCGCGCUUGCCCUCGGCGCCAUUGCCGACCGCGGCCGCAUUCUUCCCGCCAUGGUCUUUGCCUUCAUCUGGGCCACCAUUGUCUACGACCCCAUUGCCUACUGGACUUGGAACUCCAAAGGCUGGCUGUUCAUUCUCGGCUCCCUUGACUUCGCCGGAGGUACCCCCGUCCACAUCUCCUCUGGUGCCGCCGCCCUUGCCUACUCUCUGAUGCUGGGCAAGCGCACCGGUUACAACAAGGUUCACGGCCUUCCCUACCGUCCCCACAACGUUACCCAUGUCGUCCUCGGGACCGUGUUCCUCUGGGUCGGCUGGUUCGGCUUCAACGGCGGUUCCGCCCUUGCCUCUAACCUCCGCGCUGUCAUGGCCUGCUUCAACACCAACCUCGCCGCCGGUGUCGGCGGUGUCACCUGGAUGCUGCUCGACUACCGCCUCGAGAAGAAGUGGUCCACCAUUGGCUUCUGCUCCGGUGCCAUCGCCGGCCUCGUUGCCAUCACGCCCGGUGCCGGUUUCGUUACACCCUGGGCCUCCGUCAUCUUCGGUAUCGUCGGUGGCUCUGUUUGCAACUUCGGCACCAAGCUCAAGUUUGUUCUCGGCAUUGACGACGGUCUGGACAUCUUUGCUGUCCACGGCAUCGGUGGUAUCGCCGGCAACAUCCUCACCGGUAUCUUUGCUGCCUCCUACAUUACUGCCCUCGACGGUGCUUACACUGGCGAGAACGCCAUCGCCGGCGGCUGGAUCGAGCAUCACUAUGUUCAGCUCGGCUACCAGCUCGCUGGCUCCGUCGCCGGUUUCACCUGGUCCUUCGUCUUGACCUGCCUCAUCCUCUUCCUGAUGAACUUCAUUCCCGGCCUGAGCCUCCGUGUCAAUGUCGACGACGAGGACCUCGGCCUCGAUGACUGCCAGCUCGGCGAGUUCGCCUACGAUUACGUCGAGGUCACCCGCCACGUUUCGGACAUUUCGCCGAACAGCCACGACGGUGUCCCCGGCAGCUGCGCCGACAGUUCCCUCCCCGAGAAGACCGUCUGA